UGAGCUACUUGCCGGUCCACCAAACAGAAAGAGUCAGUCUUGGUUCUGCGUUUGAAGAUCGUUCGUCCGUGUGUUAUUUCUCCUCACCACAAUGGCCACUAGCAGGUUUGCCGACAUCCAGCAGGCGCCUCCUAUUGAGGUGUUCCAUGUCAUGAAGGCUUUUAGUGACAGCACUCACGAGAAGAAGGUUAACUUGAGUGUUGGAGCAUACCGGACGGAUGAGGCUAAGCCAUGGGUUCUGCCUGUGGUGAGGAAGGUAGAGGCAGAACUUGCUGCAGACAUGACUCUCAACCAUGAGUACCUGCCGAUCCUUGGUCUGGAGUCCUUUAGCACUGCUGCUGCCAAGAUGCUUCUUGGAGCAACUCAUCCAGCUAUCACAGAAGGCAGGAUGACAUCAGUGCAGGUGCUCUCAGGCACUGGAGGACUGCGUAUUGCUGCCGAGUUCCUCCACAGAAUACUCAAGUACAAUACCUUCUAUUUCUCAACACCAACCUGGGGCAACCACCGCUUGAUCUUUACCCAAGCUGGCUUUACUGAUGUCAAGCAGUACCGUUACUGGGAUGGAAAAACCAAGGGCCUUGACUUUGAUGGGAUGAUUGAGGACCUCCAAAAUGCCCCUGAGAACUCUGUAGUGAUCCUCCAUGCCUGUGCCCACAAUCCUACAGGAGUGGAUCCCACACAGGACCAGUGGAAGAAGAUUGCUGAUGUCAUGGAGGAGAGGAAGCUGUUCCCCUUGUUUGACUCUGCUUACCAAGGAUUUGCUUCUGGAGACCUUGACAAAGAUGCAUGGGCUGUCCGUCUCUUUGCUGAACGUGGAUUCGAGAUGAUUGCUACUCAAUCCUUCUCAAAGAACUUUGGCCUGUACAAUGAACGUAUUGGUAAUCUGAUGAUUAUCGUAAAGGAUCCCUCGGUGAUUAUCCCCAUGAGAUCCCAGAUCACACUCCUUGUCCGAGGCUCAUACUCUAAUCCUCCAAGCCAUGGUGCAAGGAUUGUUUCCAGAGUUCUCAAUGACGAGGCCUUGUUUGGGGAAUGGAAGGAAUGUAUCAAGAUCAUGAGUGGCCGAAUUAUUGAAAUGCGAAAGGGGCUGCAGGAACGUUUGGAGAAAUUGGGAACACCAGGAACCUGGAACCACAUCACUGCUCAAAUUGGCAUGUUCUCAUUCACUGGCCUUUCAGCUGAGCAAUCUAAGUACCUAGCAGAGAAGUACCACAUUUAUUUAUUGUCCAGUGGCAGAAUUAACAUGUGUGGCUUGACAACAGGCAACAUUGAUUAUGUUGCAGAAGCAAUAAAUGAUGCAGUCUGCAAUGUUAAGGCUUAAUGUGAGCAGGAGAUAAGAGAGAAUAAAAACAGAUGCUUGUGUGAAAUCAGGGAAGACCAUGCUUAACAAGUGCAGUAUUUGAUACAGGGAAGACUGAUCAUUGCUUACCAUUUUGCAGUGAAAAUGAGGAUUUCCUCAGUUGAUAGCUUUGUAAAGAAAUGAAGAGAAGCAAUAGCAAUACGUUUUGGCAAGGAGGGCUCAAAAGCCUGUAGCCUGUUUUAUUAGGUAUAUAUCAUGGACUGGAUUCUAAAAUUUCACCAAAGUAUUGAAAUUCAGACCUGAAAUUGGUAUGAAUAUCAAACACUUCUUUGGAUCCAGCUGCUCAGAAAUUUAGACUAAACGUCUGUGAUAGUGGAAACUGUUAGAAUUGUUAAUGCUGAUUUUGUUAAGUUCAUAUGAUACAUACUUUACAGGUAUGACUUAAUAAGCAUUUGUUAAAACUCCUUACAUUAGUUUUACUUGAGAUAUUGUGCAACUGGUAGUAGAUGCAUUGUAUUGAUUUUCAUUUAGCAUGUUGAAGUGGCAUUAGAGAAGCCUCUUGCAGUAAAUCCUAGUAGAGUGUAUAAAUCUGUUAAUGAUAUUUUCUGAACAUGUAGGUUUGGAAACCACUUUCAAAAGAGCAAAUUAUGUGAUCUUUAAUACCACCUGAGUUGGGUAGUUUCAUCAACAAAUUUCUAGCAGCACUGUCACUUCCUCAAAUUGGUUAUUUGUGCUACACCAUAAUCCUUGCAGAAACACCGAUGUAGGGACCACCUUUUGCAUUACUGAUGAAGUAUUUAUUAACUGUGAGUAAGCAUUUAUUUAUGGAUGAUGCAUCUAGGUUUUUGAUAUGUUGUUAAGGUUUUUUAUACCACUUACCUCAUUCAAAGAGUCUGCACACCAGCAAGUAUUUUUGCACUGCAGUUCUGAAAAGCCCAAUGCAUUUUUAAUUGAUAUUACUAAGCAGUAACCCAUUUUGUAUAAAAGACUGUUAGCAACU